GUAAUGACCUUCACGAUCUCCCCACCUCGUUAAUUAAUUAUCCUAUUCUUUUUUUUUUUGAAACGGAUAUUUGUUGCCAUUGGCUCAUUAAUUUGCAAUCCUGGAUCACCACAGACCUAUUUCUCAAUCCAAUUUCAAGCAUCCCAAGAAUCUGUCUUUCAUUUUCUCUCUCAUCAAGUCAUCAUGCACAAUUUUUGUUCCUUUGUUCCGUUCUUGAUGUCGUUUUCUUGUUAGUUCUUCGCAGGCGUUAUCCAUUGUGGGGCGUGUUUUUACCUUUUGUUUCUUCUUUACCCUUUAUCGGAUUCUGCCCCUUUCAAUAAUUUAAUUGCGGAAAUCUCAGUUAAUAAAAUUUAACCUCAAUCUCUAUAAAAACUCAUUCUUUUCCCAGUUGUCGUUUAUUCCCACCACAUUGAAGAAGAAGAAGAAGAAGUAGUAGAAUCACAGUUUCGCCUUUUGGGAUUCUUGAAAAUUGUGUGAAAUUGAUGUCUUUGGCUGUUGGAGUUGCUACGAGUUCAAAAGAGAUGGGGUUUGAUGAUAACAACAAGGGUGAUGGUGAAGAGGGCAACCCGGUUCAUAACCCGGAACCCGAAACCGAGGAUGAAGACGAGGAUGAUGCCGAAGCCAAAAUUCAGUUGGGGCCUCAGUGCACUCUCAAGGAGUUGUCUGAAAAGGACAAGGAUGAUGAGAGUUUGAGAAGAUGGAAGGAACAGCUUCUUGGAAGUGUGGAUAUCAAUUCUGUUGGAGAAACACUUGAUCCAGAAGUGAAAAUCGUGAGCUUGACGAUUAAAACUGCUGGUAGGGAUGAUAUUGUUCUUCCGAUCCCCGAGGAUGGGAACCCGAAAAGCCCGUGGUUCGUACUGAAAGAGGGAAGCAAGUACAACCUGGUAUUCACGUUCCAGGUUAGCAACAAUAUUGUAGCCGGCUUCAAGUACAAAAACAAUGUCUGGAAAACUGGCAUUAAAGUGGACAACACGAAAGAGAUGAUCGGAACCUUCAGCCCUCAGCCGGAACCUUAUACACAUGUAAUGCCGGAAGAGACUACACCUUCUGGAAUUUUCGCUAGAGGUUCAUAUUCAGCAAAAACUCAGGGUGUUGGAUCUUCCAUUGCUGCUGCUUUAGCAUUUUUGUGGUGUUUAAGAUAUGAAUAAUGUCGAAUAUGGGGAGAGUCGAGAAUCAUAUAACUCUCAUGUCGUUCAAGGAUAAACCGUGUUCAUGCACUAAGACAUCCUUUUGUUUGAGGCGAUACUUUGGCUUCCAUAACGACGGGGAGCCAAUCAUCCUGAGCUUAUGUUUGCGAAAACGGGCUUGUUUCCGGAGCGUGGACUGAUUGGCCUUUGUACACUUGAACAUGCAAUAAGCUUGUUUAUGGGUGAAAUUUGAUAAAAUUUUGUUUUCUUGAGCAUUUGCUAUCUGCAGUAGUUACAGUGGCCCCUGUCGUUAUAUAUUGUGUUUAGUGUGUGUAGUAAAUAUAGGAGUAUUAUUGAGCUUUGCUGCAAAAAUUGAUUUCAAGACCAAAUAGUGAUAGAAGUAUACUCUUUUCUUUUGAAUA